CUUAUCUUCCGAUCUUCACAUCUUGAACUUGAGAUCGGAACAGCGACUCACCUCGAGCACUGAAUGGUCUAACUUUCGACGCUCUAGGGUGAUCAAUUUCAAGCUCUUUCCAACGCAUUUCCACAUCUCUGUUAUGCAGUGGCGCCUCUGACCAUCCAAAUGUUCGAGAUCCACGAUAGAGGAGCACAUCGUUUGAUAUUGGUCUUGCUACCGGCGCAGGUUGCACGAUGCAUCACUGCUUGACAAUCUCGGAAAUCCUCCAUCGCAUAUUCAGGUUCUGUGUCGCACCGGGCCCUCAUCCUUUGAAUACGCUCGCUGCAGCUACCAGAGCUUGUAGGACAUUCCAUGAACCUGCUUCAGACAUUUUAUGGUACAGCCUACCAGAUUUAAGCCCUCUCUUAAAAUGCCUGCCCUCAGAAUUGUGGUUUGAAGAGCGGCAGCCUAUUCACAACGGCAAGACUCUGGUGACUUUUCAUUUGCGACAAUUGCCGGGCACAAUGUCUGAGUGGAACACGGUGCAUAAGCAUGUACAUCGGGUGAAGAAACUAGGGUUAGACCUUGGACGUUGGAAUGUUGGAUCUAAGGUCACAUACCAUGUCUCGCCUGCUGCAUUUCAGGCCAUCCUCAUGUGUUGUACUGAAAGAGGCUGGCCUGACCAGUCCAAUGCGGCUUUUCUGCUGAAUCUAGAGAAGCUAUCUUGGGAUUGGAAUGGCAACAAUCAGAGUGCUUUCAGAAACGUGCUCUGCCUUGCAUCAUCCAACCUCAAAUCUUUUGACAUGUGUUUUUUUUUCAAGAACCUAUGGAUGCCAACAUCGCAGCUGCCACUGCUCAAGUGUUCUCAUCAUUUUCCCACUUCUUCCCAGGGUUGCAGGCACUGAAUGUCACAUUCUUCAGCUACAACGACGAUGAUGAUGCAUUCAGCGAUAUACAACUUGCCAUAUCCAGUGUUUUACCCUCACUUCGACAGCUCCGAUUGAUACAGCUUCUAUGCCUUUCCGAUAACAAGACAUUGGCUUGCCUUGCGUGACUGCCUCAUCUCAUGUCCCUUGAUCUCCAUAUCAGAUGAGAGGCCAAUUUUUACCUCAAACUUGCAUGCCCUCGGAGUACAUUCCCUGCUUUACUCACAAUAAAAAUCACCAAUGAGG